AUGGGAAAUUCACAAAAAAAUAAUCAGAAAUUAAUCUCCACAGCUUGGCUAGGUGUGAAUGAUGAAUGGUCAUCUAUAAUGAAAGAGAAAUUAUCUCGUCUUUCUGAAGAGUGGGUUGUUCCCUCAAUCAAAUGUUUGGAUAGAUUUUCUUCUAGAGAUCAGACUAAAUUCAGAAACCAAGUGAAAUUGAUUUUGACAAAGUAAAUGAAAGAAGAUAAGUAUGAGGAGUUGUUCAAUAAAAGCUAAGUGUUUUUAAACAGCAAUGAAUAUCUUCGCCAGGAUUUCUAAUUAGGUAUACCAAUAUCAGAACUCACAAUUUCCACCAAUACUAAUUCAAUUGGUAAGAUCAAUGAUAAUCAAUCCAUAUCUUCUAAGAACCAAGACAGUUUAUUUAUGGAAGAUCAAUGUUCCUAAAUUUAAUAAUUCUACGUGUUCAUCUAUUGUGUUAACGAUGCUCUAAUAAGUCAAAAACACCCUUUUAUACAUCUGAUGAAUCAGUUUAAAGAAUGGGCAAUAAACAAAUUAAUAAAUAUCAAGAAUCCUCAACACAAAAUAUAAUAAAUGAAAUAGAAGCUCUAGAAAUUUUAAAGUUCUUCAGAUCUGUUUCUGAACUUCCUCAUACAUUCUUUGAAUGAAUAUUUAGGCGAUUUUGGCGAUGAGAUAAGUGAGGAGGGACCCACUAAGUACAUCAAAGACAAACAAAACUAUUACAAUUUAUUUCUAUCACAUAUAUUCAAUGAAACCUUAAUUAGUCAUCUUAUGGAUAUACUUAAGGUAAUCCAUUAAAGCAGCUAAAAUAAUUGCAUUAAAAAAAUCAAACAUAUGCAAUCCAAAGUUGAAUGUUUUGAGAUCCCAAAAAAAUAUCUCACUCAUGAUAAACCAUUCUUAUAAGAAAUCUCAUGUUUGAGUGAAGCACAACAAUUAAUACGACCUACAGACAUUUUUUAUUGCUUCAUGAAGACUUAUUGGAUGAUCAAGGAUCAUUUGGCUAGAUCUGCAUCCAGCUUUCUGAUUUUCCAAGUAACCAAUUAUGUUAUUGUGCAUUCCAACAUUGAAUAUUUUCAUGCCCUUCUCCAUUUGCUAGAACUCUUCUAUUGUAAUUCACCUAUUUUACUUAAAUAUAAUUAAUCGUUGGAAUUCAUAUAAAAUAUUUUAAUUUCUUGA